AUGGAUAAUAUAAAUAAUAUCUGUGGAAUACAUAACAGGAGUCAAGAGUUAAUUUGUUAUGAUUGUAAUGUUUUGAUGUGUACUGUAUGUUCACCAAAUCACUCGCAUCAUUCAUACGAUCAUAUCGAUAAUAUUAAAGCAAAUAUCAAUAAUAAUAAUAAUAAUAAUAAUAAUAAUAAUAAUAGAAUUAAAGAUAUUCAAACCAGUAUUCAAACAACAUUCGAUUCUUUGAAAUUACAAGUUGCGAAAUAUGAACAAUUACAACAAACAGAACAAGAGAUUGAAAGUAAAUUCAAAGAAUUACAUGAAUUCCUUGUUGUUGAAGAACAUAGAUUAAAGAAACCACUAAUUGUAAACAAAGAUCAAUUAGAACAACAAAUCGAUAAACAAAUCAAAAUCAUGAAAUCAUUGAACACAAUCAAUAAUCAUAUCACCAAUCGAUCAGAUUCGCAAUCACAAUCAUCAUGCUCAUCAUUAUCAACAGAUACAACAGAUAACUAUCAAAUAACAACAAUAAUUCGAUCGAUUUCACAAUGUUCAGAUCACAAUGAAUUCAUUUCAUCGAACAACAAUACAUUGUUCUAUUUCGAUAAUCAAAACAACAAAGUAAACAACAAUGAUGAUCAUUCACUCUUAAAUUUAUUACUUGAACACAAUAACACAAUUAAAAUCAAUAAUAAUGAUAAUGAUGAUAAUCAACAAUCAAAAUCACAACAAUAUCAAUUGAUUGUCGAUAAUGAUCAAAUCAAUACAGCCACAAUUCAGAUUCAAUCAUCAUUCAGAUUAUCAAAGAUGUCACAAGAUCAAAUAAUAUCAGCUCCAUUACUACCAGUGCAACACAACCAAUCAUAUAUAUUAUCAACUGAAGGUCAUAGAACAUCAAUCGUCAAUAUUACAGAUCGAAACAACAUUCAUUCUAGCGCUCAGAUUUUCGAAAAUAUCCUAUCGAACGAUAUGUUUGACCAAUCGAACUCGAUUAUCAAUUUUGGUGACUUUAUCUAUAUAUUUGGUGGUUCGGUUAUGACAUCCAAUCGGUUAGUAAAGUACACAAUCUCUACCAAAACUUUUGUGUUCAUUGAUUUUAAAGGAGUCGACCUUCAGGUUGUUGUAUCGGCUUGCUUUGACGGUAAAGAACAUAUCUAUUUGUUCGACGGACAAGAUAAUCAAAAAACCGAUAUCUACAGAUACAACAUCAACAAAACAACGAUCGAAAGAUUCACAACAAUCGAUAUGAAAUCAAAUUCUACAACUUUUUCAUUCAUCUUGAAAGAUUCUAUCUAUCUCUUCACGCCAGCAUGGGCAAAGAUUGUUAGAAUCGACACAAACACCAAAGUAGUAUUAGACUUACCAAUAGAAAUCCCAUACGCCAAUCAACCUCGAAGACUCAUGCAUAUAUCACCUGCACCAAGAUCGGCAUGCACAGAUGGUAAAGGCAAUCUAUAUCUUCUAUCAGUGUAUGGCUUGUAUCGUAUCAAUAUUGAAAGCUAUGAGGUGAAAAUAUUUGAUAAAAGCCAAGUAAAAGGUAAUAUCUUUAGCCGAGAUUUAAUUUAUCAUCAAUCAACAAACGGUCAGAGCUAUAUUUAUUCAAUCCAAGGAAACGGAGACAAUUUUGCUUUUUCUCUAGCAAACAACCAAUGGGAAUUGAUCAAUCAAAUUCGUGAUAAUUUACGCUCUACCAAAUAUCGUUCAUGGUUACUUCAAAUGCAAUAA